CUCGACUCGGCCCAAACUCCCAGGAGCGCUGCACCUGGCGCUCCUAGGCCCCCGCGCGCGGACAUAGCAUAGCCCAAUGGCGCCGCGGGGCGCCGCGGCCUGACCACCGGGGUGGGGCCGAUGCUGCGCGCGGCCCUGGAGCAGGCAUUCGAGUGCGAGGAGAGCGAGACGCAGGACAGCGACGACAGCGACUCCUCGUCGACAGAGGAUGACGCGAAAGCCGGCAGCCUGCGCAGCACCUGCUUCGUGUUUGCGGCCAUCUUCUCAACCACCGCGGCGCUGGACGUUGGUUUGGUGCUCCUCACCAGCUCGAUGACUGACGUGGGGGUCUGGUUCUACGAGUUCAUCGCCGACGAGGAGACAGCCAUGCUCGGGAAGUGGCUGCGGAGAUUCGCCUUCUCUGGGGGGGGAUUCUGCCUGGCCUUGGUUUACUUGCUCGAGAUGUGGCGGUGGAACAAGAGUUGCUUGCGAGUCGUCUUCAAAGCCUUUAUUGUGUUGGCGACGAUAGUCUUUGCGCUGGGCAUCUUGUUUGCAACGCCAAAGUUUCCCGAGAUACCAGUCUUCUACGGGCUUUUCGCAAUUAUGUUUGCCACAAGGUGUUGGCUGGUCUUUGUCAUCGCGCCUAUGGGCGUAAAGAGGCAGUCCUUUCACGACGGCUGUGCCCUGGCGUAUAUUGUAAUAUCUGUUGUGCUAUUUGGCGUGUGGCUGGCGUGGCUUACGUGGCCUUACACUUACAACAACUCCGCCUUCAGCGAGCAGUCGUCUGCGACGUUCAUGGAAGAUGGGUCGCAGACCGGCAUGAAAGCCUCUUGGAUCCUCUGGUGCUCUCCGGCAGCUCUGGCAUUGGCUCACUUCAUCAUGGGCAGUUUCGUGUUCAUGCGCGGCCGGUUCGGCCUCCACCACCAGGACCCAGGCAGCGUCGACUUGGGCAUCGAGGUAAAGAUCAGUGUCAUGGUGCUCGCCUUCCUUGGUUUCGCCGGGUACAUUGCCGCCAUCCUCGGCGCCCACGACGCGACGGUCGGCAAGCUGGUCCUGACCUACACGGGGAUCACUUUUCUGCUGGUGUUCUCGUACUUGGCCAGGUGGGUCGGCCUGAAAAGCCUCGAGCGGAUGGCCGAGGAGAACUCCGCUUUGCAGACCGCGGCGGGCAUCGUCGCGAAUGAUUGGGUCAAGGCGCUUGUCGUACUCCUGGGGCCCCCCGUCCUGGUUGUGUUCGUAGUGGUGGAGUGGAUCCACCAGUGCUGCAGGCGACGUUUGCAGCGCUGCGGGGUCCUGGACUCUAAGGGGGGCGAGGUGGUAGAACCCAUCGUGGGCGCAAGGCGGUAUGCGUGCCUCACAUGGGAGGCCAACGUCGUUUUGCACGAGGGUGGCGAGUUUCUCUUUGGCGACACUACGUCGGUUCUAACGAAGGCGAUCUACUGGGCCAUCGGGAUCGUCUUCAUGAUGGCGUUCGGGUCCACGUGCAUCUGGAUGUUCCUACAGUGGGUUAAUUCGAAAUUGGCGGGUAUCCCUCGGGAGCUCUGCUUGCUAAUCAUGUACGUGGUGGUGCUGCUGCUGUUCCUUUUCCCGCCCAUCAGCGGGCAGAUCAUUUAUGGUUUCGCGGCCACCGUCGUCCAGCCCCUGUACGGGUACGGCAACGAAUUCUGGACGGGGAUCGUGGUGUCCUCCACGCUGUGCCUGCUCGGCAAGCUGGUCGCCACGGCCAUCCAGAUGAAGUGCAUCGGGGGCCCAGGGGCGAAUUCGGUGUACGUCAAGCGGUCCAUCGGCGUGCACACGAGCUUCAUGAAGGCGCUGAGGUACGUGCUGACGAGGCCAGGGUGCAGCCCGGGCAAGAUCCUGAUCCUGACCUUCGGGCAAGACUUCGCCACCUCGGUGCUGACCGGCAUCCUGGACCUGGCCCUGGUGCCCAUGCUGAUCGGCACGCUGCCCGUCAUCGUCGUCAUCGUCCCCUGCUGCGUCGCCUUCGCGUACACGCUCCGAGCGGGGGAGGACGUGACGUUCGAGGCCCAGCACCGGGCGAUCGCGGGCCUCAACCUCGUGCUCUCCGGGAUCGUGGCCGCCGCGGGGAACGCGGGCAUCGUCUAUUACGUCCAGGAGGCCCUCCACGCGCAUCACGACGAGCUGAACCGGGAGGGCUCGGACUGGAUGGCGGACCCGCUGGAGCCCCAGGUGCUGGCGUCCGUCGAGGAGGCCAAGAGGGAGGAGCAGAAGUGGUCGAACAAGACCAGCUGGGAACGGCUGCCCCGCUCCAUGCGCGUCUGCCUCGGCGUGGGGCUUGGCCUGUCCACCGUGACCGUGUACGUCAUGAUGCAGCCGGUCCACCGGGCGUUUCUGAAGUUCGAGCUUGGCGACAAGAUCUCCGACCUACCUGGCGGCACACCCCUCGGCGCCGUGACGUAUCCUCUGGGCUGGCUGGUGGUCUUCUUCACCACGACGCUCGUGCCCCUCCCCCCCGCCCGGUCCUCGUCUCCGCCUUCAACCUCUGGGGCCAGCGCGCGGUCGCGGCCGAAGACGACGGCGAGGGGGACUCAGGGCUCUGAGCGGCGGCUUGCCGGCGGGGGCACCCUGCGGCCUGCCUGCUGUCGCCAGUGCAGCGCCUGGAGGAGAGGAGCCCGUUCUCCUCCUGACUUUUCACGCGUACGUGGUGAGUCCAGACAUGCUCCGAUAGGGCUCGUCGUCGUCGUCGUCGUCCUCCUGCUUCUCCUUCGGCUUGUCGUCGUCGUCGUCCUCUAUCCUCAAGGGCAAGCACCCUCGUAAGGACGGGGUGGUGCUUGAUGUUUCCUCUGCCUGGUGAGGUGGUCGGCAGACGUGGUCAAUGUCAAAAAAGAAAGUCCUUCUCGCCCUCCUCCUUCUCCUCCCC